AAGAAAGAAGCGAGCAGCAAAGGGUUUGUGUGCAGUGGGAGAGCUCUCCACACCCGAGGCCAGAGAUGGCUGUGUUGCGCUCUAGCAAAAGUCUCCAGACCCUUCUUCUCUGCUGCACAUUAAUCUGCUCCUAUUCUGGUGCUGUAAGCAACUCAUCACAGACUCAGACCCUGCGUCAAGUGAGCGGGAUCCUGGGACGAUCCGUCUUGCUUCCUGCCAAUGUCUCAUCAGCAGAACGAUUCGCCUUCAUUGAGUGGAACUUUCAGUGGAACGGCAUAACGGUGCAGAUUGCUAAGUUCAGGGAUGGGAAGCUGGAGCGGCCAGAUCCAAACGACAGGUUUGGGCAGAGGAUAGAAAUUGCCAAUGAAUCCACACUGAGGAUCAAAGAUCUGGAGAUGGAGGACAGUGGAAUAUAUGGAGUUCGUGUGACAUUCAGUACAGGAACGUUGAAAGAUCAUAAACUCUGCCUCACUGUAUAUGAGCCCAUCCCAGAGCCAAAGAUUCUCCACAAAGAUGUCUCCAAGACUCCAGGUGGUUGCAAUGUGACCCUACAGUGUCGGGUGCCUGGAAAGAGGGGAUUUGAUGUAUCCUGGAAAAGAGGGGACCCCCUCAGGGACUUAGAUGAUGGGUCAGACAGGUACCACCUCACAGAGAAUGGCACGGAUCUCCACCUGUUCUGGAAGCUCAACUCUUCAGGGCCCACCUACAUCUGCCUGGUCACCAAUCCAGCUGAACAGAGGAGCAACUCCUUCAACUUGCUCGACGUCUGCAAAACCCACAGUAGUUCUGGAUCAUCCAUCUCAGGUCCUCCACUCUGGUUUGUUGCUGUUGUGCCUCUCCUCGUGAUGGUAGCAGGUUUGGGGUUCUGGCUAUGGAAGAAAAGCAGGACGACUCUAUCUCAAAGAGCUGUGGCCUCUGUGAGAGGAGAGGAGGGGUAUGUCAGUCCUGGGCUUCACUACGCAGAGCUCCCCAAAAGAUGGAUCCCUUCAGAAGGGGGUGAGAGCCAGGUGAGAGUGAGAUGGUCUUGCAUGGUGGGACUAAAACAGAGACACUCUGCACUUGGGGAGCUCUUUAGGUUGAAGAAAAGGAAGUCAGUCAUCUCUCUGCAACCCCAGACCAGAAUCCUGAAACAAAUUCUCCAAUUAUCUACAGCCAGAUCCAAACAGAUCACUGAAACAAGGUGAAGCUUCAAUUAUUGGGAGCAAAGGUUGACUGGGCCUUCUUCCAUUGCCUCAACCCUGGAACAGAGAGCUUUUGUGGGGUAGAUCUGAAUGGAGAGCUGGUGGUCUAGUGGGCAAAAGGGAUCUAGUGGUGGAUCUCUGAGUGAAGAGCAAUGGAUCAAAAAGGAUUUCUCUGACUCCUAGUUGUGUGAUGACAACAACAACUAUCCCAGUGGAUAGCCUGAUGGAGUAGAGGCCCACAGAGAUCAGGAUUUCUAUAGCUUCUCAGCCAGAGCAUUGGGCAACCAAUUGUCAUUCAACCUGACCUACCUCACAGUACUGUUGCAAGAAGAGAUGUUGUUGGCGUCCAGCUGUCUUGAGAGACAAUGGAGUGCACCUCCGGGGGUGAAGUCACAUCACUAUGUUAGCAGCACCAAAGUGACCUCUCUGGGGUGCAAGCCUGGGAGGUGCAUAUUGAGGUCCCGGGCUGCUCCGAUGAAUAGACACCCCUCUCAGGUCCAAAGAAGAGCAUAGCAAUAAUCUCCUUGAAACUGCAGUCCCAGGAAAAAAGGUUGCAAGAACAUAGUUGCUACUGAUCCCUUCUUUCUUAUAAAUGUUAAAAUAAACCUUUCCAAUGGCCCAGUUUGCAUUGUCUGCUUCUUAAGAAAAUGUCAAUAUAGAGACAUUAGCACAGGCAGCUUUCUGAGUUCCUAUGCAGAAAAUGCAAAAGAGGACAGACUUGGAUCUUAUCCACACCUCUCCUUAAAAUGGAUUGUGAACCCCUUGUGGAUCUUCUAAUUCCACCUUCAUCCAUAUAGCCUUCUCCUCCAACUCCUGCUUCCCUGUGCUUUCUUUUCCCUAAGCCGGAAAUUCCCUAUGCUUUAGAAAUCUCUAUAGGAGAGCUGCAUUGAUUGCAUGGGACACGUGCAGAUUUAGGAAUGAGAAAGUCUGGGGCAACAGGAGUGGAAGGAGAAGGCAGAAUGGACAAGGGAGGGAAUUAGAAGAUGCACGAGGGGUUUGUAAUCCACACUGAGCCAAGGUAUGGAUGGGCCCUGAGAGAUGGAUGUUGAGGUCGCUGACUGUUUCCUGUGGCCAUAAGUCCACCCUUGGCUUUCUCCUCCCACUUCUCAGAUAUAGAAGAUAUCAGCCGUUGUUGUAGCUGUGCUAUAAAUAUCAACCUGUGAGAACAAACCCUCUUCCUGCAGUUUAAAUGUCAGAGAGCCUAGGUGCAAAACAGCAGGCCAGCAAAUACUAGUUAAGGUUGCAUCUAUUUCUGAA